AGAUGGUGCAUUCAGCUGGAAGCUCACAGCGACUGAUCCACGUUCCUGCUGCUGUUUUCAUUAUGACUGAUCUGUGCGAAUCUCACAGAGACCAUUAGAUGAUCAUUCUGAACAAAACCAAACCGGUUCUGAAGCCUCAGGAAGACCAAAUGCCAGCUGACCUUUAACCCCUCUCCAAAAUGGACGUCCGUUUCCAGGGCAACUCUCAGCUCCACUACGGCAUCAACGGCGCCAGUCCAAACUCUGGGCCUGCAGGAGACACUCUGAAGUUUCUGAGUCGAGAGGAACAGGAGUGCCUCCAGUUCUUUGAGGAAACCAUUGAUUCUUUGGAGGAUGGUGUAGACGAGGAGCAGCAAAGACUUGGCCAGAGGAGGCACCCUGAACUCAACAGUCGACCUUUUGACUCGGUUGAUCAAAGUCUGGCUCUGAACCGUGAGGUGUCGCCUAACUACAUAAUCGACCUGGUCCACUCAGAACCAGCCUUGGUGCACACCGCUGAGCCGAUCUAUAGCCCCGCCCAUCAAGAUUUUUACCGCAUGGCCCACACUCCUGAAAACAGCUUUGAGGCAAAGCCGAGGCAUGAUGCGUUCCCCUCAGAGUAUAACCCUCCUUCACGGAGUGCAAGCUUUGGGACGACAGACAGCCAUUCCUCCUACCACCCUCCAGGCAGCGUCCCCACUCCAGUUUUGAUUGCCCAGCAGCUUGCAGAGAACCAGGGAGAUGGAACAUCAAACUUGCAUCCUUCAUCUUUGCUCCGUCGCCUUAGCAUGGAGUCGGAAAAAACACCCAGAGAUAGAUCAAAUAUUCCUGUGAAACAUGGUCCUGCUCCCUCAUCAAAGCCAGCCCACUAUCCUCCUAAUAUCCAUGUGGUUCAUGGUGGAAAGGAGCCCCAAAUACCUGUAGCUAACGUAAACAUCCAUGAGCGACAGGAGCAGAUGUUGGCACACCUGGCAGGUAAUUCCCAUCCUCUGCUGCAACAUACAGAAGACAACACUCGAAAUAGUCCAUCCCGUAGUAUUUCCUUUAAAGACCCAGAGCCAGAUAAAUCCAGGAUGGAGGCCCUGUCCAAGUUGGGCUUGACAAAGGGCAAAGCUACAUCACUCCAAAUGAUACCUGACAACUACUUGCAGGAUCCUCACAAAGGUCCAGACCCCAGAGUCUCAUCACCAGACCGCAAUCUUACCCCAACAGCAAAAAUCAGCUCUGACCUUCCACAGCCAAAUGUGUCAAUACCUCCUCCAGUCUGCUUUAAUGACAACAAGAAUACAGAGACCUUGCCCUCACAUUCCUCCAGGAGCCACGAUGAAAGAAGCUCCCAGCAGGACCCUUCAUCUCCAACAAUGACCUCUCCUCCAGCUGACACCACCUCACCAGCAUUCAACACCUUUGGAGGGAAAUCCAUUGUGGUCCAUCCCGCUUCAUCCCAAAAGAACGAAGCUCCAACAUCUCCAACUACCUCUGAACCCAAAACCCUUUCACUUGCACCUUCUAACCCAAUAGAGCUCAAUCCUUAUGGAGGAAAGUCAAAAGUCAUGACUUCUGCCAAUCUACCCGACAUCCUCAGCUCUCAUAUCGACACAAAGGAAACCAUUCCUGCCAAGCCAGAGCCACCGGCCGUUGAGCCAAGCAAGUAUGGAGGAAAGAGCCGAACCUUUGACCCUGUUUCUGGGCUAUAUCGGACUUCAGAAAGCCGAGCUAAAAGUGUGAAACCUCCACCGCCGACUCCAGCCCCUAGACCUCCUCGGCAGUCCUACCAUGGCUUCCUUCCUCCCCAGAAACCGCCAGCCAGGGCCUCUUCUCCUGAAUACAGGCGAAGGCCCAGCAGCAUGUUCCGUCCUCAAGGUAUCACCGUACAGUUUUGUGGACGAGGAGCCAUGGACGAAUCCCGCAGGGAGGCAUUGAGGAGACUAGGACUGCUGAAAGACUCUUAAUCAACCCUUUGCAGAUUUACCUCUCAGUCUCCAAUGACUGAACUAGAAUAUUUGCGUUGCUUUGCUAAUGGCAAUGGUAUGCAAAACGUUUCCUCCAUUGUCUGAGAAUGAGGUGUGUCUGUAGACAAACGGCUUUUCCAGAGGAAUCUUGGUACUUGACAGACCUGAAGGGCCACUCCUCACCAUCAAGCCUCAAGAAAACAGAAUGCCUUUACUCAACUCUGCUUUCUCAGAAGAAAUCUCGGCUGGUUCAGGAUAUUCUGUGAAAUCUCAUCAAAGACGCUGUGAACAAUAUAUCUGAGUAGCACACUGUGGGGUAAAGGGCGAUGCUGUACAGGGGAGUCAAAGAUCAUUUAUUUGUCUCAGCUCUUUUUAGCUCAAAUGUAAAUAUAUUUAACAUGGAAAAGGGAUUAGCUGCACACUUUCCAACCAUUUGUCUGUCAGGUUCUUAUUAGCUAAAUUCUGCGUUUAUCAGAAUUAUGUAGAUUCCUUUCUCAUUUUAUUCCAUUUUGUUCUCAAACUGUUUAUUUAAAUUAUGAGGCUGUUUUAAAACAUUUUUGUUUUAUUUU